AUGGCCAUAAAAAGCACCUUUUUCCAGCACCGCCUCCUGCACCGAUACACCUGGAGAUCACCCAUGCAAACGGAGACACAAAUCGAUCACGUCCUGAUUGAUGGACGGCAUUUCUCGGACAUUAUCGACGUACGAACCUAUCGGGGCGCUAACAUCGACUCGGACCACUACCUUGUGAUGGUUAAGCUGCGUCCAAAACUGUCCGUUGUGAAUAACGUACGGUACCGGUGCCCGCCGCGGUAUAAUCUGGACCGACUGAGGGACACCGAGGUCGCGACUGCCUACGCGCGGCAUCUCGAAGCAGCGUUGCUAGCGGAGGAGGAGUUCAAUGAUGCUCCCCUGGAGGACUGCUGGACCAGAACUAAAGCAGCCAUCAGCAAUGCUGCGGAGAGCGUCCUGGGAUACGUGCCAAGGAGUCGACGGAACGAAUGGUACCGUAAUAAUAAACACAAUGUGACGGCAGAACCCCGGACUCGCAAGUUGUGUCGCGAAUAUUUGACGGAGAUUUCCUGCAUGACAAUGGACGAUGAAAAUUUUGUGCUGGAAGACUUUGAGCAGCUUCCCGGAAUGUCUUUUUAUACGGAACGGCGUAGACGAGCAUUCCACGACAAAUAA